AACCAGGGACUUUUCGAAGUGAAUGAACUCAAAAAAGCAAAAAAAAAACAGAAAUAAGUGAACGCGAGGAUUUGACAGUUGUAUAUUUUGAUAACGAAUGCCAGAAAUAAAAUUCUGUGGAUUGAUCCCAAAAUUGGCGGUGACCACAACUCAGCGUGGCAAUCACCAGCAAUCCACAUUAUAAUUUAGCCACGGGCACGACGCUGUUGUUAUCGCAUAUACGUUUUAUUAUACAGUUUUGCUGGAACUUAAUUCCAUCAAAGUGUAGCUUAAUGCACAUUUGCAGUGAGGAAAUGAUUUUUUUAUUGUCUGCGAAAAUAUUUCGAGCGAUAAAGAUCGCAAUGAGUUGGCACUACGAUUUUAACAUCGCUUAACGCAUUUCAUGUUUUAGAUAAAGAAAGUUAGCAUUUACUGAAAUUAUAGAUGCGGAAUUCGAAGCCGAGCCUAAUGUCGAGUUUAUCGGCUUGCUUUUCCGGUUCCGAGUCUUCCGAGUCCAAGUCAAUAAGCAGAGAAAUAGAGCAGCGACUUAAAGAGGCGAAACGUGAAGCAAAAACUCAAGUAAAACUAUUGGUGCUCGGGGCUGCUGAGAGCGGAAAGUCCACUUUUAUAAAACAGAUGCGGAUUAUACAUGGGACUGGAUACUCCCACGAAGAACUGGCAGGGCAUAUCCCCCUGAUUUACCAGAACAUUAACUUUUCUAUCAAGACGCUAGCCACCGCUAUGCUAGAAUUGGGAAUUCCUUAUGAGCUGGAAGCUAACAAAGAUUUCGGUGAAGUAAGCAUAGAGUUGCCGAGGGAGUGCGAAAAUAGUCUGGACACGACCCGGGUGCUUGGAAUAAUGCUGUUUUGGAAGGACGAAGGCGUACAGCAAUGCUACUUGCGAAGAAACGAGUUUCAUUUGCUGGAUUCAGCUGCCUAUUAUCUCAACAAUCUUACGCGGAUUUCCAGCGCUUCCUACCUCCCAACACUACAGGAUGUCCUUCGUUCCCGUCGACCAACGCUCGGCAUCACGGAGUAUCUUUUCAAGAUUGAUAAAUUCAUGUUUGGGAUCGUUGAUGUCGGAGGACAGAAGUCCGAGAGACGGAAAUGGAUUCAUUGCUUUGAGAACAUUACCUCAAUUAUUUUCCUUGCAGCUCUGAGCGAGUAUGACCAAUCAAUACCAGAGGAAGAAAUUAACCAAGAUGCAAGAAAUAACAUGACGCAACUGAAACAGCCAAGUCUGAACGGGAGAAAUAACAACCAACAAAAACAGAGACCUAUGGUUCGAACCCAGUCGAGUCAGAACACAGCUCCUGGCAAGAAAAAACUUCAGCGACACUUUUCUUCCCUUCACCACGGCCGUAGUCCUAAAGUAGCGAAAGAAUUACCGCCUUUUCCAGUCAUUCGACGCGGCUCGGACGAGAAUUUGGCUGGCGAAAAGGGUAGUAACGGAAAACUGGAACUAAUAAACCGACAGAAAGAAAGUUGCGCGCUUUUUCGAGCUAUCGUCAACUGCCAAUGGUUCAAGCGGACGUCGGUUAUUCUAUUCCUUAACAAGACCGACGUGCUGGAAGAAAAGAUCCAACAUUCCCACAUGAAUGAUUACUUCCCAGAAUACGAUGGGCCGCGGCACGACGCUACAGCGGCGAAAUUCUUUAUUUUAUCUCAGUAUCAACAAAACUUCGGCGAGACAAAGAAAUCUAAAAGAACGUUGUAUUCCCACUUCACAUGCGCCACUGACACUGAGAAUAUUAAGUUCGUUUUCAAAGCUAUUAAGGACAUAAUCUUACAGACAUAUUUGGAAACAUACAGCCUUAUUUAGCGCAGGUGCAACACACAGCUUUCGGGUCUUAUAAUGGCAACCGCAGCGCAAAGCGGUUUAAGAUUUGUUUACCCGCUUCAAGUCACGCGUAUUGAGGCUUUCAUAAGAGAAAUAUUGCAUCCGGAAAACGUUUCUUGAAUUUCUAAUGAUAACAUUGCUAUUCGUUUUCAUUCCAGCUGCUGGCAGUCGAAUGUAUCCGAGCUCUUUAUCACGUGACGGUGGUAACCACGUGACCUAUUUUACCUCAAAAGUGAAAGACCGUUGUUUCAGUCGUCUUGUGCUGCCCUUGUGACAUUACACAUACUUGCUUCUAUGUAAAUAUACGUGCCAACCUACAAGCGUGGCGUACUUUAUAUUCAAAUGCGGGUCGCUUAUUUUACGCGACGACUUUAGUAGUUGUUUAUCUUUGUAGUUAUAUAUACUGUUCCCUUUUCGCGUUUGCUACAUUCAUAUGGAAAUAAACUUAAGAAUUAUUUGA